UCAUGAAAGUUCAGGCUCAUUAAAAGACUUGCAGUCUUAACUGCCCCGAAUCGGGUUUUCUGUGAUCAUACACCACGUAGUCUACUUCCGCUUUUUGGGUAUUCCCCCUAAAGCGUCAUCUCUUGCAGUCUGCGGUUUCUAUUGAAGCCAUUUUACUGAAGCUGUGAGUCGUCGUGACGUCACUUCUGUCAACAAAGCAAUAUGUCUCUGUUUGAAGAACAAGACCUCAGGAUCAACGCUAUCACGGAGGAUCUGACAAUUGGGGAUCGUAAAAAGGCAAUUUACCUUUGCGGGAGCUUGGUUACCGACAGCAGCGUGGAUUGCGUCAGGGAGACUUUAAGAGUCAAAGUCAACUUUAACGCAGAUCCUCCCCUGUUUAUAAUGUCCAUCCUCAGGGAGCUCGGACGGUACGACAUUAUAAAGCGAGUCUAUAAAGUGGACAGAAACGAGAUAGAAAAGAAGAUGCAGGCAUAUAAUCAAGUUCUCCCAAGAUUCAGAGUACUGAUGGUUACUAUAAAUGACCAUCUCCCAAUAGAAGAUGUGGAGCAAAUAAAAUUUUUAUUAGGCAGGACUUUACCCCAUGGGAAAACAGAAAAUAUCAAGACCUUCUUGGAAGUGAUGAUUGAACUGGAGAAGAUGGAUUCGGUGUCACCCGAAAGAGUAGAGCUUGUCGAGGACUGUUUACGAAAUAUUGGCCGGCUUGAUCUGGCCAAAAUAGUGGCUGCAUACAAGAUGUCAGGUGCUACAUCGGAACACUCUUGGCCUCCACAACACAGUGGUCAAGCUGAUAGUCAACCAAACCAGUACAACUUAAGGGCCGAUCAAAGAGGAGUCUGUGUUAUUAUUGACUGUGUCGGUAAUGAUGGAGGAAUGUUAGAAAACACAUUUAAGUCUCUCCACUUCAACGUUCUCUACUACAGCAUGCUGGGUGCUGAUGAGAUUUUCGAAACUCUUGAAGAAGUCUCUAAACACAGACGGAGUCGCAACGAGGAUGCUUUUGUCUGCUGCAUUAUUAGCCGCAGCUUAGAUGACAAUAUCCUGGGUACGGACUCGUAUGGAAGAGGUCUUUCUGUCAAAAACAUCAGACAUCUCUUCUCAGGUGACACUUGUCCUAUGAUGGUUGGCAAGCCAAAACUUUUCUUUAUCCAGAGCUAUGUGGUUCCUGAGUCUAAUCAUUUGGAGCAAGACGGCUGCGAAAGCUUACCCUCAGAAGCAGACGUACUCUGGAGUCACUGCUGGACAGAUGAAAGCCAGCUGCUACAAGAGCAGCAUCACUCUGUUUACCUAAAAGCACUGACUGAUGCCUUAAGCAAAGCCAAGAGGGAAACGGAUCUGCUUGAUGUACAAAUGAAAGUGAAUGGAGCCAUUUAUGAGCAUAACCAAAAACAUCCUGAAGCGAGUUACCAUUGUGAUGUAAAACACACUCUGAGAAAAAGUCUUUAUCUGGAAUAGAAAAGUGACAGAAACAUUAUGACUUUUACUUUUUUUACUUUUACUUUUACUGUGGCACUGAUCUCACUACAUGCUUCAUGAAGAACAUGUUUCCUGUGUGUAUACUGACCCCUGGUGGUUUAAAUGAAAGAAGACACUAUAGAGACAUAAUAAUCGCUUAAUUAAACGUUUACUUCAGGAAUUUAAUUCAAAAAAUAAAAAAAUCACAUAUUAUCGCGAUUCAUUGCAAACAUGAUGAUAUAUUUCUAAAGUUUAAACCUGUUAGUUUUGAAAUAUGUGGCUUACAGCUAAUGAAUUCUUAAAAUUUAGUGUCUUAGAAAAUUAUAAGAACAAAUAACACAGCAUGUUUAAUACAGAAAAUAAAUUUGGGGGUUUUAUGAGCUGUAAGUUAUAAUUAUCAAAAUUAGUGACAACAAAAUGUCCUUUUUUUAAUCUUUUUUUUUUUUAUAACAAACUAUUCUUAUGUUUUCUUAUGAUAAGUAUGUUUUCUCACACACAAACUAUAUAUAUGUAAUAUGAUAAAUAUAACAUGUAUAUAUAACUCAUUUCAUAACAUUAGAAAAGCUGAACAUUUGUAAUAACUGUAGACUUUUGAAAUAUUUGACUUGCAGAUCAAUUCUCUUUUAAAUUAUUUUCAACUCUGUAUGCACACACAGACAUGUGAUGAGUAAACAUGACAUUCACUGUGACUAUUAAUUUUUAGAUAUUCUUUGUAAAUCAAGGACUCUGGGCAUGUUCUCAUUCAUUUUUUACUUAAUUAAACAGAAAAAAUAUAUUUUGUUUAAUUAGCAAGCAAAAAAUGUCAUUAAAAUUAGAUUUUACAUCAACUCUUCGUUGGCAGCUUAUGGCAAAAAAAAAAAAAUCUGACUUAAAAAUAAAGAAGUAAAAAAUAAAUUGUACUCUAAGCUAUCUUCAUAGGGUUUGAUUCAUUUCUAGUCUUCAUGAAAUCUCAAGUCUAAUUUUUAAUUAUAUAUGUUGUUGUUCGGCAUGUGUUGCCCAUUUUACAAAGUCUUUUAUGUUUUUAUUCAUUUCACAUGAAAAACCUUAACUAAAAUAAAAAUUUUUAACUACUUAUUAGCUAAUCAGGAGGAUCCGUAAGACACAAAUGAAUAUUGUCAGAUAUUUAAAACCAACAAAGUGCUGACACUUUUCCUGGUGAAACUGCUUUCAUUCUGUCAUUUAUUGUCAUUAGCUUUCACUGAGGUCCUUGCUGAAUAUGAUAUAUGUAGUAACAAUUCAUAAAGUUGAAGAGAAAUUGGAUGUAAAUAUGUAAAUUCAAGGUAGGGCCAAACAUGCAAAGCAUUACAUCAUAUGAAAAAUCUCAACCAAAAUCAUUAGGCAGACAAAAUAAACAUUAGAACUGUUUUGAAAAUGUAACUGCACUGCUAUUAUGUCACACAAGUAAAUGUUUUCUGUUACCUUGCUGUUCCUUUUACUACUGUACACUAUUUUCUCUUGCUUUGUUGUUAAUUUUUAUAUCUAAAGGACAUUUGUCAUUUUGUAUUUAUGCAUUUGAUGUAUCUAAUAUAUGUGUUUGUACAUGUAGUCUUUUCAUUAACAGGAUCUCAUGUUAGCAAAAAUGCAGGCUUCAGAAACCCAGUGUAAUUAAUCCAGGUUUUGUCCGUCUCUUAGUAAAUUAUUACUCAGAUUAAUAAAUUACAAUUUAUUUAUUUAUUAUUUACCUUUCAAAUUCUUUACUUUUUUGUUGGUUAGAAAUAUACAAUAUCCGUGAUAUGUUCAUGGACAUUGUUACCUUUUAUGUACUGUCACAAAAACAAAAACACUUAACAAUGUUUUGGAAUGUGUUUUAUUACUUUAUUGUUUCUGCUUGACAAGCAACAGAAAUAAUGUUACUUGUCAUUAUUGGGAAGAGGAAGUGGUAUGGAUGGCCAUAGAAAACAAGAUUUCAUCUUUAUGUCAACUCUGACAAAUAUAUCUACUGUAUUGGUAUUUAUCUGACAAAUAUGUAGUAUAUUGGUGCUCAGGAAGCUCUGACUCAAAUCUUCAUACUAAACUGAAAGGGAUUUAGAAAUUGGGUUGCCUCUUAUAUGACUAUUUAACUUGUCUAUGACCCACGUACACUCACAGAUCUCCUACCAACACCUUUACGUUCCACUCAAUUUUUAAUAAACCUGCUUGAAAACA